GAUGAGCGACCUCAACAGUCCACCUACUGAUUUCACGUUAAACCAUGAUGAUGAAAUAAAAACAACUCCAAAUCUUAAUAACGUAAAGAUACCGAUGAAAAAACUUAUAUUUCAAAAAAUUAAAAGAUUUAUGGAAAUAAUGAGCUAUUUUCGACUGAUGUUUGCGUUAACUCUUUAUAUCUUAAUUUUAAUCGAUUUAAUUAGUAUACAACAAAAUAAAGAAAAAUAUUUUUGGAUUGAAAUUUUAUUGCAGGUUCAUAUGAAAAUUAAGCAUCCAAAACGACUAAAAAACUUGUUAAGAGCUAUUCGAAUUUGGGCUGCAAAUCACCGUGCAAAAAGUUCUUCGAGAAUUCAAAAACUCUGUGAGCCUGAUGAUUCUUCAAAUUCAGUAUCCCAAACGGAUACUCAUUCAACAUCUAAACCUGAAAAAUUGGUAAUAGCUGUAAAAGUUUCAUUGGAACUUCCGCCAUUCAUAAAAAAUUUACAAAAACUUGUAUCUCAAAGUUAUGGAUGGUAUUUAUAUGAUGUCGAAGAUAAUUCGUUGAUUUGUUCUCCAGCAAAGUUAUCAAUUAUUUUGAUUACUUGGAAUAUUGGGAGUUUAAUGCAAUAUGGAAUUUGUG